AUGGAGCGACCGGUAGUAGAAACGUUGCAUAAAAAUGGCUACGUAAAUUCCACCGCUCCAGUUUUUAUUCAGUCUUUCGAAGUAAGUAAUUUAAAAGAGCUGAAAAAAAUAACAAAGCUUCGUUUGAUACAAUUGUUUAGCAGUAACCCACUUAAUCAACCCUUCGAUCAAGCUAUUGCCAGUACCGGAUUAACUUAUCAAGAUAUGGCAAAACCAGAAGGGCUUAAAGAAAUUUCAACUUACGCUCACGCCGUAGGUCCAGAAAAAAAUUAUAUUAUCCCUCGUAAAGCAGAUGAUACUCUUGGUGAGCCGACGAGCUUUGUACAAGAUGCUCACGCGGCAGGUUUGGAAGUACACCCGUUUACUUUCCGAGCUGAGAAUUCUUUCUUGCCCGCCGAAUUUAGAAGCAUAGAUCUUUCAGAGGAAGCCAUUGGGGAUUUUAGCGGAGAAUUGAAAGCCUUUAUUGCGACGGGGAUAGAUGGACUAUUUGUUGACCAACCAGACGUGCCUGUGCGAGUUAGAGAUAAUAAUUGUUAUUGA